AUGAGCGGCCCUCCCAUCGUAGCUGAUGCUGAUCUCGAAACAGCGAAACAGCCGCUGACCCGAUGGCAGCGAAUCGAAAAUGUCAUCUGGGAUGGCGGGGAUCGGACCCAAGAGGAGAGAGCUCUCGUACGAAGACUCGAUAUUUUUAUCAUGAGCUGGGCUACAAUCGGAUACUUUGUACGACUCUUGGACUCGGCGAAUGUCACAAAUGCAUAUGUUUCUGGCAUGAAGGAAGACUUGAACUUUUCCGGAGCUGACUAUAACCUGCUCUCGACGUUUUUCAUCAUUGGCUAUAUCAUCGGCCAAGUCCCGUCACAGCUCAUCUUGACACGAGUCCGCCCAUCAAUUUGGCUGCCAACAUGUGAAUUGCUCUGGUCAAUCGUCACAUUCUGUUUCGCUGGCGCCCGGAAUGUCCGAGAUGUAUUUGCUCUGCGCAUUGUUCUCGGCUUCUUGGAAAGUCCAUUUGCUGUCGGUGUUUUGACUAUUAUGGGUAGCUGGUAUACUCCUCGUGAACUUUCCAAGCGGAUCGCAAUCUUCUACUCCGCAUGCUAUGCUGCUAGCAUGUUCAGUGGCUACCUCCAAGCAGGUAUCUACAACGGCAUGGAUGGACACCUGGGGCUUGCCGGCUGGCGUUGGCUCUUCAUUUUCUGCGGUGUCAUUUCGCUCCCGUUUAGUAUCUAUGGCUAUAUUGCUAUUCCAGACAAUCCAUACAUCUGCAAAGCUCGCUGGCUAUCACCCAGUCAGGUCAGUUUCGCAGUCAAGCGAAUGGAAGCAUAUGGUCGCCGGCCACCCGUGCUAUUGUCAUGGGCUAAGAUCAAGCGCGUCCUGACUCAUUGGCCGCUGUACGCAUUCACGGCCGCCCUAAUUUUCCAGUGCGUUGCCACACAGCCACUCAACUACUUUGCUGUCUGGCUGAAAGCUCUCAACCGAUUUUCCGUUUAUCAAGUCAAUCUUAUUCCGACGGCAGGGCAGGCGGUUGGUCUCGUCACAACGCUUGCAUAUAGCUGGAUAUCCGACGCGUUUGACGGGAACAGAUGGGGGACUCUUCUUAUUCCCGGUAUAAUCAACCUCGUCGGCAUGAUCCUGGUAGCUAUUGGCCCGGGAUUCGCCGCGACACUAGUUGGGUAUCUGCUUAAUGGCGCAAGUUGGGGUUUCUGGCCUAUUCUAUUCGCAUGGGCCAAUGAAAUAUGUGCUAAAGAUCCAGAAGAAAGAGCCAUUGUUAUUGGUGUCUCUCAAACGUUUGGACAAGCGUUUGUUGCCUGGGUUCCUGUCGUCAUAUUGGAUACUUCCAAAUACGCCCCCAAGUUUACAAUGGGCUAUAGUAUCUUGUGUGGCGUCAGUGCCUUGCAACUGGUAAUGAUUUACGUUAUUUGGUGGUAUCACCGCAGAGAGAAGAGACAAGAGAGACGUGACCAGAUGUUUGAUGAACAACCCACGAGAACCGAAGAUACCAUUCACCAUACGGCUAGCCAUGGCGAUGGCCAGGUGCAGGCCACAAGCGAACAGCCGAAGAACUAA